AUGGAAGAGACUUUUAAAACAGCUGUUGAGCAUAUUCGGCACGCCACAUACAUCUCUGUUUCCAAUCAGGACAAACUACUCUUAUAUGCCUACUAUAAACAGGCUAUGGUAGGAAACUGUAAUGUGGAUAAGCCAGGAUUGCUAGAUUUUACUGGACGAGCCAAAUGGGAUGCAUGGAAUUCAGUUUCUGGGAAGAGUAAACAAGAGGCCAUGGAUGCAUAUGUGCAGUUAGUCAACACUAUAGACCCCGGUUGGCAGACCAAGUGCUAA